GAUCAUGUGAUCCAUUGUUGAGGUUAAAGUACUGAUUAUAGCUGCUUUAUAUUCUUCAUGCUUUAUUAUUUUGUGAAACUGGGGGAAUGUGUUGCAGUUUUUUCUAAGUUAAAGUUUAGCCCCCCCCCCCCAAAUAAUUUUCAUCUAAUCCCUGAUUCAACAACCCAUAUCAUUCAUAUCAAGCACAUUUUUCUCUGAGUCAGUUAUUUCACAAUUUUGUUCUUUGUUAAGAUUCAAUUGUUAUUCAAGGAUAAAUCAUGGGGCACCCACGCAUGCUUUUUAAAUUGCAUGAGGAAAUCUGAAGUACAGAACUGAAGGCUGAUGGUCCCAUUUUCCCUUCAGACAGCGUGUUUGUGCUGGCUCCAACCACAGGGCCACUUGGCACGCUCCUCGCUGUGUUUUGAAGAGGUCCGGGAAGCUUGGAGGCGUAAACAGGGCGGUGGGGUCAGAGGACUGGACGGGUCCACAAAUAAACAAACUUCCCUCAGUGGUAGUAGCUGGCGCUGGUCAAACAGCUGCAGAGGAUCAGAAAGGGUCAAUGACACAGGCUGUUUUUCUUGCAGUGGAAAAAUUCAACACUUUUUGUUCGGCAUCAACAAUAGACCCACAAAGUUUACAUACCUGAUGUUAAAAGAAGGAUAUUAAUGAAAUACUACUAAUACUACUAAUGAAAUAGUAGUACUAGUACUAAUAGUACUAAUAGUACUAGUACUAAUGAAAUAAGAAGUUAUGUCCUGGACUCAACCAGCUGCUCAGAUACCUGUAAAGUGUUUCCCAGUGCAAGAAUAAUUGUCAUGAGCUCCAUUAGCUCUUGGCUCCUUUGUCUUCCCUUCUUUUACAGUGGGUUGUAGGCUAAUGACCUAUGCAUUAUACAUUGUUUCUUCCUGUUACUGUGUGUUUAAUUGGUUUCCUCUUAUGAGCCAAGGAGAUUUUCAGACUCCCAAGGGGUUCUGUUGGAACACCAGGUCCACUUACACCCUCCUCUCCCCACCCCUAACCCUCCCUGCCACCAUCUGGAUUGUUGUCCUGGUCCCCUCCAUUCACAAUCUCCCCGUCGUGCUGCCUUCAUGUCUUGUUGGACAAAAAAGAACUAUAUGGAGGGUGGAAAAUUCAAUUUGUGUUAGUGUUUACGUUAGUGUUAGUGUUAACAAGACACCAGGAAUGGGGUAGGCGGAUUUUGUUACCCUUGGAAAGAAGCAGGCUAACUGUGUCCCCCUGCUUCCAGUCUUUGUGCUAAGCUAGGCUAAAUGGCUGCUGGCUCUAGCUUCAUAUUUAGUUCAUGCAAGAGUGCUAUCUACUGUAUAUUGUCAUCUAACCCUUGGCAAGAUGGCAAAAUGUCAAACUGUGUCCCAAAAUAUGAACUAUUAACCUUUAAAAAUUCCUUAAAAGGUUAAGUAGAUGAAAGUUCAUCCUUGGUUUUGGAAAUGCUAGCAUACUAGCUUUUUCCUAGGCUCUCAACUAUAUCACAUUGUCUUCAUCUGUUUUUUGUUUAGUUAUGACGGAAUUGGAUCUGUUUACAUACAAGUUCAAAAGCUGUCAUAAUUUCAUCCAUGGCACCUUUUUGAGCUAAUGAAGACCAUAUGAUACAGUUGAAAGCCCCCGCAAAAAGCUAGAUUAGGAUUUUUAUUUUUAUUUUUUUUGAAAUUGGAAUCAGAUAUCCAAGUUAAAAAGUAUUUAAGUCUACUCUAUUAAGAUUUACUAUCUUCGCCACAGGCCCCUGAAUGCAGCACAUCACCCUAUACCCUCCCUAUUCCUGCCCCUUCCUCCCCCUCCCUCCCCACCCCCCUGCAUUAUUCUCUUCCCUCUCCUCCCUUCCAGCCCCCUCCCUUUCCUGCCGGCCUCUCAGCAGAGGAUGUGUCUGGGAGAGAGAGUGUGUGUGAGGGAAGAGAGGAAAGCCGUCAAUAGAAUGGAUAUGUGCUCUCUCUCCUCCACCCUUUCUUCUUCUUCUUCUUCUUCUCCUCCUCCUCUCUGUCAUCUCUGUCUUUCCUCACCCUCCUCUGCCAGCGUUGCACCCUGGGCACCCUCAGUGCCGGCCCUCGGGGUAAAGGAGACUCGUUGGGUGGACGGGUGGCUGAAAACUGAACUUCAAUGUCAGCAGGGAAUCAGAAGAAUGGUGGUGACAAACCAGAAGACAUGGUGGCAGUGGCUGCGGUAUGGCCAGAGGUGGAGAGGGCGGAGUGUUUGGCCCGUGGCGCUGCCUUGAAGUGGGCGUCAGGUGUUUUCUGUCGACCUGAACAUCUGGAGCGACUGAGCCAGUACAAGAAGAGAGAGAGCCAGAGGACGUCCUCCAUACACACCAGACUCAAGUCCAUGGUCCAGUCAUACCUGGAGGGGGUAGGCUGGGGUCUGGAGCAGCUCCGGGAGGCCAGGGUCGAGCUGAAGGAGGUGUCACAUGCUUUGAGGAAGGCAGGGUUGGAGUCUAACCGAAAUGGAGAGGGAAUGAAAUCUCUGGAGAGGCUGAGAGAAGUGUCAGUCAACCACUGUCAGCUCCUCGCUGCCGUCAGCAACCUGCCACGACUUUACUCCGUGCGGAGCAUGGUGUUGGAGACUGAGCGUCUGGUGGAGUCCCGGCGGCUCCUGGAGGCACACGCCCGCCUGAUGGAUCUGGAGCGCUGGCAGGACGACAUCCUGUGGCAGCUCCAGGGGUCUGCUGGGACAGCAGGAGGUGCACUCAGCACUGAAGACCAGGAGCUGGUGACCAAAUACUUCUCUGGUGUCGGACAGCUGGUGGAGGCUCUGGGUAAGGAGCUAUGGGCGGUGGUGAGCAGUGCUCUGGCUCUGGCCCGGCAAAACCCCACACCGUUUGUGUCAGCGGUGAGGAUUGUGGAGCGGGAGGAGGCCCUGGACCAAGCUCUGCUGGAGGAGAGAGGGGGGAGCAGCAGACCUCUGCCCCGUGGACGACCUCGCUGCUGGAGAGCAUGUUUCUUCCAGGUACUAGAGGAGGCAGUGUCUGCGCGGUUUCGAAGCGUGUCCUACCUACACACACGUGGUCCAGGCCUGGCAGGCCACCUCUCCGCUCUCCAGCACGGUAUCAUGGCUGACCUGGCCACUGUACGCCACCUGCUGGAGCACUGCGUCCCGCCACACUACCGUCUAACUGGAGCUUACCUGAGGGCCAGCCACCGCUGUUUACAUGCUCACCUGGCACAGGUUAGCAGCUGGGACCUGGAGAGUGGUGAAAUCUUCGCUGUGCUCAACUGGGUGCUACACAUCUACAACAGCCCAGACAUGAUGGGUCACCCAGAGCUGGUGACUGAGAUGGAGAAAGAAGAGCUGGGACCUCUUAUCUCAACUGAAGGACUGGAGCAGCUGCAGAACAAAUAUGUGCAGAGCGUGCGGAAGAGUGUGUCGGAGUGGAUGCACAAAGCUCUGCAGGUGGAGCUGCAAGACUGGCAGAGAGACCAGGAGCCGGAUACAGACCAUGAAGGUUUCUACCAAACCAGCCUGCCCACUAUCAUCACACAGAUGCUGGAGGAGAACGCCCGGGUGGCUCUGAUGAUCGGAGAAUCCCUACGAGACCAGACUAUACAGAUGGGACUGUAUGAGAUGGAGAACCUCCUGAACAGGUUUCGAGAAGCUCUGGUGGAAUUUGGGAAGGAGCAUCGCAGAGAUCCAAGCAACAACAACAACAAGUUCUACCUCCACUAUCUGCUGGCCUCCAUCAGCAACUGCAUCAUCCUCAAAAAGUCCACAGAGAGCCUGCAGCAGCAGCAGUCGUCCCGGUCGGCAGGUCAGUUCUCUCGGACUCCUCCCAACCCGCUGGCAGCUCUGGAUCGGGCGGUGAGGCGUGCGUGUCGCCUGGUGAUGGAUCAGCUCCUGCUAGACCUUCAGCCUUUCCUCCCAGGCCUGCUGACCCGACCCUGGCUGGUCCAGGGAGACCCCACACCCAAACUCUGCCGCGUCCUGGAGCGUCACCUGGAGCUGUACGGCCGUGUUCGACCCCCCUGCCGGCAGCGUCUGCAGGAGGAAGCCCAGUGGCUGAUGGUGGUGGAGUACGUCAGGGCUCUGAUGCAGAAGAGGUUGGUGUGUCGCAGCGCUGAGGAGAGGAGGCAGCUCGCUCAGCAGAUGGUUCAGGACGACCAGCAGUUCAGAGAAAUCUUCCACGGCCUGGAAGGUGAGGGGUCAGUACCUGAAGUGAACCCUUUGGCCUUACUACCUGUCCUGGCUGACUUCAUCCAACUCAAAGACCCCGGCAUGCUCGCUCUAGAAGUGUCAGGACUAGCAGCGAAAUACCCCGACAUCAGUGAAGAGCACGUGUCUGUGUUGCUGGACAUCCGCGGUGACGUUUCCAGGGACAUCAGAGGGACAGUACUGGACCUGCUGGAGCAGAGCGCCCCCCCUCUGCCAGCAGGAUACCGGCCCAUCUUCACAGACAUCCUGGUGCCUCCCUCCACCAUGGCCUUCUGUCUGCCUACUGCCAAGUGUGCAUGAAUACAGGGACUGAGACUGUGGCCUCAGAGUCAGAUCAGGGUGGGAUCUCAAAUGGAUCAUGGACCAGAUCCUGUUAGCUCACCAUUACAUUGUAAAACACAGGAUUAAGCUAGAUUACGCUGGUGAUCUAGCUGUUCCUGUUUCUGAUUAAGUUGAUGGGUGGCCAGGGUGUUUACCCACGCUUUUUUAUCCAGAGGAAAUCAACAAGGUAUCCUGUUUUUUUCUGCGUCACAGUACUCCAGAAGUUUGAGCUGGUGACUCACUGGUCUAAUUUCAGCUGAUAUUCAGCUGGCUGGUAAACUGUGGCACAUCAGGUCAUCAGAGUUGGUUUAAUGCCCUAAAGAUAUUGAAGGUAAAACAUCUUAUGAGUCUGUCACAUGUUGUCGUGUGUCUCAGCAAUUUCUGCUACAGAUUUAACUUGGACAUUGAAGCCGCAGUAAGCGACUUGAAGUUUGAAUUUAAAUUUGAACAAUUUGAACACUGUUUCUUUAUUACUCUGAACUCCAGUAACAUGACUUCAAUAAACUGCACUCACUGCUCUCUGUGCCACAACUUGGCCAGUGCAUUUUACUACCAAAUGUAUGGUGCAGCUUUAAAAGGUCAAUUUACUGUUCGCUGUCAACACUUUUCACUGAAAGUACUUAGUGCUGAACAAAUGCUUUGAGCAUCGACACUCCUUUCACUUCCUUUGUAUAGAAGUGGCAGCAGAUGUUUUACAGGCAGAUAUCUCAAAACUUAAGCACACAAAACCAAAACUAUCUGCAUGGCUACAUAUUACUACAGAAAAGUGUUUGUUUUUCUGUGACUUGGGUGGACUGGCCCUUUAAGUGACACCCAUCACAUAUCGCAGUAUCACCCAUUGGAGAUUUUUGAACAGGACCUUGUGACACCAACAGUUCAGAAACAAUGAACGAAACAACCACAGUAGAGCACAUUUCUGCAGCCUGGUUUGCUCAUACAAAUGAUUUCUGAGUGUAUUCAACCUGCAAAGCUUCUGAUACUGAAGAAACAAAGCAUUGUAUUUAGAAACUGGUUCAUCAAUGCUUCUUUUAGACCAUGAAGCAUGUGGAUGGUUGUUUUGCAGUACAUAACAGACAAAAGUAGAUAUAUCAGCUACAACUUAUGGUAUAUAACUUUUAGAAUAUAAAGAGUUUUAUUAAAGCAUCAUCACAUUACAGUUUGGACAUGAGACUGAACAUGGUUUUUUGGUGAGGGCUCCUGGACUGUGAACUGAGGAACUGAGGCUGCUAAUUCAUUACCUUUAAAAACCCCUUUUCUUUUUUCUUUUUUUCUUUAAGUAUUUUUUAUU